CUGCUCCGCUGCGUCGUCUGCGACCUCUACAAGAUUCUCGACGUCGACCCCGCGGCGACGGGGCUGCUGCAGCCGCUGCUCUACUUCAAGGGGUUCCACGCGCUCACGCUGCACCGCGUGGCGCACCACCUGUGGGCGCGCGACGACGGCCCCGCCGACCGCUUCGCCGCGCUCCGCCUUCAAUCGCACGCACGAACGGCCCGUCUCCUCACACACACACACACACACCCUCGCCGCGCCCCGCUCCCCGCCCCCGCAGGACCGGGGGUGAUGCUGGACCACGCGAGCGGCGUCGUGAUCGGCGGCACCGCCGUGGUCGGCAGCGACGUGUACAUGCUGCACGGCGUCACCCUCGGCGCCACCGGCAAGCCGAUGCACGGCGCGAAGCGCCACCCGACCAUCGCCGACUCGGUGACGCUGGGUGCGGGCGCGACCGUGCUCGGCGACAUUCUCGUCGGCAGCGGCGUCACCGUCGGCGCGAGCGCCGUGGUGACGCGCGCCGUCCCCGAGGGCAGCACGGUCGUCGGCGUC